CUGCGUCCGAAUAUGCUGGGCCUGAUGAAAGGCGAAAAGUGGUGGCAUACGUUUCUCCCGUGACGAGAGACGAAGGAACAAUACACCCAGUAUUGUACACCAGGAAUUACACUCUCAGAUCAAACGCUGCCCAGUUCUUUCAGAAAACACCAGAUUCCCUUAGGCAGUUGCCGUUGCCGCGGUUUACCAGAUGCCAGCCACCCAUUCCCCAGACCAGAUACACCGUACUGUACCCAACCAAGCCCCUUUAGGAACUCCUCUCGUCUGGCGCAACCAGCCCCUAGAUUCCAUCCUAGAACCAACCAAUCAGAGAUCCACCCCCCAACCAUCUACUGUAGCCCUUUCUCAAGAGCCUCCUUGAUCUUUUCUUCAAAAGAGCUCAUCUGCGCAAUCUACGGCCAUUUUUCGUCAUCUCGAGUUUAGAGCUUCUCUAAGUGUCACUCCUCCACCUGGUCUCGUUCUCAGAGGCGAGGUUUGCGGUCUUGGUUUCCGUAGCUGCAUCUACAAACUGCGCGGAACGUUCAAGUACCACGCUCCAGAAACAUGGAUCCGGUGAAGGCAUGGGGCAACUCCCCGCUGGCCCAGGUCGACCCGGAGAUGUUCGAUCUGAUCGAGAAGGAGAAGAAGCGCCAGUGGCGCGGCAUCGAGCUCAUCGCGUCCGAGAAUUUCACCUCGCAGGCCGUGCUCGAGGCGCUGGGAAGCCCGCUGACAAAUAAAUACUCCGAGGGCAUGCCUGGAGCGCGGUACUACGGCGGCAAUGAGUACAUCGACGAGAUCGAGAACCUCUGCCGGAAGCGCGCGCUCGAGGCGUUUCAUCUCGACCCCGCGAAGUGGGGCGUCAACGUGCAGCCGUACUCGGGCAGCCCGGCGAAUUUCGCGGCGUACACGGCGAUUUUACAGCCGCACGAUCGCGUUAUGGGCCUGGAUCUGCCCUCCGGCGGGCAUCUGACGCACGGGUACUAUAUGGCUAACGGGAAGCGUAUAUCGGCGACGUCGAUCUUCUUCGAAUCGCUGCCGUACAAGGUGGAUCCCGAGACGGGCAUCGUGGAUUACGCGAAGCUCGAGGAGAAGGCGAUCGAUUUCCGGCCGAAGAUGAUCAUUUGCGGCGGAAGCGCGUACCCUCGCGACUGGGACUACGCGCGAUUCCGUGCGAUCGCGGACAAAGUCGGUGCGACGCUGCUGUGCGACAUGGCGCAUAUCAGCGGGCUGGUCGCAUCGCAGGAGGCGGCGAAUCCGUUCGACUACUGCGACCUCGUCACCACCACGACGCACAAGAGCCUGCGCGGCCCUCGCGCGGGGAUGAUCUUCUUCCGCCGCGGCCCCAAGCCCGCUCCGCCCGCCAAAGCGGCCGCGUCGCCGAGCAAGGCGGGCGGAAAAGCGGCGGAGGCGGCGGACGACGGGAUGUACCAUUUCGAGGAGCGGGUUAACUUCGCGGUGUUCCCCACUCUGCAAGGCGGCCCGCACAACCACCAGAUCGGCGCGCUUGCCGUGGCUCUGAAGCAGGCUUCCACUCCUGCGUUCAAGGCGUAUGCCCAGCAGGUGAAGGCCAAUGCCCACGUGCUGGGAGAGGCCCUGGUGGCUAAGGGUUACAAGCUGGUUACUGGCGGCACAGACAACCACCUGCUGCUGUGGGACCUGCGGCCUCUGGGACUCACGGGCAACAAGAUGGAGAAGGUGUGUGACGUGGCACACAUCACGCUCAACAAGAACUCCGUCUUCGGUGACAGCAAUGCUCUCGCUCCUGGCGGCGUCAGAAUAGGUACCCCUGCCAUGACCUCUCGAGGCCUGGUGGAAAAGGACUUUGAAAAAGUGGCCGAGUUUUUGGACAGAGCUGUUAAGAUAUGCCUGGACAUUCAGAAUGAGAAGGGGAAGCUCCUGCGCGACUUCCUGAAGGACCUGGAGCAGAACAAGGACCUCCUGGCGUUGAAGGAGGAGGUGGAGGCGUUCAGUGCGGCUUUUGAGAUGCCGGGAUUCGAUGUUGCAACCAUUCAGGUGUAGCGCGUCAACUGUAACAGGAUAACAGUCGCUGGUUGAGGUGUUCAGUGCUGUGUUUGAAUCGCUGGGGUUCGAUGUUGCAGCAGGGUUACCAGAGGCAACACUGGGGGGCAAGGCUGAGACGUUUAGUGGUGCCAGGGUUCGGUGUAGCGACCAUUAAAGUGUAAUGCAUCAACCAUAACCAGGUGGCUGGAAGGAGUGGCAACUCUUAGAGUUGAGGUGGUGUUCAGUGCUGUACUGUGUAUGCUGCUGCUGAGGUUUGGUGUUACAAUGAUCAAAGUGUUUCAGGGUGGUAAGGAAUUCAACAGAGCUUGGAGAAACUGUGGUGAAGUGAUGUGGAAAUACAGUUCGUUGCAUGGUAGUGAUUGUCAACUUAUACAGAAGUAAUAGGCUAGACUAGGUGUGUGCUUCUAGUGAGUACAACCCAACAGGUAUAUUUUCUAGGUUUCUCUUCCUAGUAAUC